AUGUCAGAAGGACUGCCGGAUGACGCCUGGGCCAAUGCGUUCCAGACGGCCGCUGCGAAGCCGCUCCUUACUGCGUUACAACGUCGGCUUCAUGCCUCAACCAACCAUGUGAACUCUCUCGCUGAGCUGCUUCACGAGCGGUCUGUCAUCGAGCAGGAGUAUUCGGCCAAGCUGCUAAAGCUCGCUCGCGCGGCCGACGCUGGCCAGCUCGGCGGGAAGGGCGGUAUAGAGUGGGAACGCAACGGUGGAGAAGCCCGGUUGUGGAACACGGUCGUGUCCGACCUGACAGAGUCCGAUUUUGAGCAGCCAGUUCGCGAUCUCCCAAACAAGAUGACAGCCUGGCGCCGCAUUGGUGAUCAAGAGUCGUCUCUGGAGCGAGCACUCAAGGACUAUGAAAAGGUUUCUGUCAAGCUCGACAAGGCGUCAUCCAAGUCAAAGUCCAGCAAAGCUGAGCAGCUCCAGCACGAGCUGAGCCAGCUGACAUCGCAACUGAACCAGUUGACGCCGGCGACGUACAGUACCUUCCAGAGGCUCGACGAGGAAAGGCUUCGUGCCCUCAAAGAAAUCGUUGUGCGCUGGGCCACCCUCCGGGGAGAUAUGGCCACCAAGUCUGGCGAGCGUGCAGAGACAGCUGUCGCGUCCAUCUUGGGCUGGGAGCCAACAGAUGAAGUCAUCUCUGUCGGUAACCGUCUCUCGAGAGCGCACAAUGGAUCCGAGGUUCGCGCCUCACCUUCGACGCCUUCUGGAGGUGCAGCUGGAGCCGGAAGCCUUUCUGUGGAAAGCACUCCGAACCGACGUGCUUCCAUGCAGUCUCCGCCCGCUCCCGACUUUGGACCGCGUUCCGGAAGCCUGUCGAACGGCUCUGGUCAGACCCCAACUCAGAGCGGGUUCAGCGGCCUCAAGUCCAUGCUUGCCCGCAAGGCCACCGUGCGGAAUCGCAGUGGGAGCGAGGCCACCUCCGUUUACAGUGGUCGCCGCGCGCAGCAGAGCGAACCAGCCUUUGCUGCUCUCGGUGAAGACACGGUCCGUCCGACCUCGAGGCAGCAGGUUCAGCGCGAGUUCUCGGACCAAAACACGCCUACCAAGGCGCAGUCGCCACCUGUCGACGCAGAAGGCUUCUCCAUCGCUCCUGCUGAUCGCCACCGCAACCCCUGGGACGAGCCGACCGAAGAGUCGCCCUCCCAUUCGUCAAACCAUCACGGUGCAGCGGCCGCUGCUGCGACAGGAGCCGGCGUUGCUUUACCCUCGGCCAUUUUUGCGUCGCAGAGAACCGAGUCGCCAACCCCGGUCCACAAUGAUCGCGCGAGUACCAUCGACUCCAUCUCCAGCGACCAAACUCACCCUCGUUUAAACUUGGCGCUGUCGUCGGCGCCCAUCGAAGAAACUGAGGAGCAGCGCCAGGCCGCCCUUGCCAAGAUGCAGCAGACGCUGCGGAUGCCUCCGCCCGCUCCAAACCGCCGAUCGACAAUCACCCGCGGCAGACGUGAUGCUCGUAACACGAUGCAGGCGUCUGCCGCUGAGCACCCCAUCCCCCAAGCGCACAUGGCAGCGCUGGCCCGCAUGGGGGAGGAAGAGCAACUUGCAGAGUCGCAAGGAACGGUGACCUCAAGUUCCCAGCCGGCACGCCGUCUGUCGUCGUCAAGUAUGACCUCGGCCUCGUCGCGCAACCCCUUUGAUUCUCCCGGCCUGCAGGCGGCGAAUCGGCAGCCUGCCGACAACAUUGAGAAGCAAAUCCCAGGUGUUCCCUCGCAGAACGGCCAACAAGCUUUGUCCUCAGAGCGGGUUGCUCCUAGCGGCGCAGCUGCAGCUGGAGUAGCAGCGGGCCUGGGAGCGGGAGCGCUCGCCGUUGGUGCCACCUCGGGCCACCAAAGUGGCAACGUUGUUGCUUCCCCCACUUCUGCUGUCAACGGCUCCCAGGCAACAAGUGCUAGCGUCCAGUCUGGUGCCACAGCUGUUCAGCCCAAAGCGUCCCAGUCUCAGGUGACCAUUCAGGAUGGGCUCAAUGCCACGAUCAUUGAGACUGUCGACACAUUGAUGCACCAGUACGCGGCUCAACAAAUUGCCAUUACUGGUGAAAUCCACUUGACUUUAUCGACACCGCCGCCGCCUGGAACAUCAACGUCCAUCAGACUGACCGAGUUUGACGCUUUGGAGUCUGUUUCGCCCAACCCUGCGUUCUUGGCCCAAGUCCCUGACAGCCCUGGCGAGUACUACCUCAACACGGACCUCCUGGCUCAGACCACGUCGAGUCCAGAAGCCGGGCCGCAUGGGCCGGUCCUGUUCACGUACCAGGUUCUUGUGCCGCAGGGUCAGGAGAACGCAAUGUCCCCGGUUGGUUUGAACCCGGCCUUCCAAGCCAAGGAGGGUGAAACGCGUAUGAUUUUCCACUAUCGCGCCAAUGCGCCGGUUCAGAAUCUUGGCCUAUCGGCCAUCUUCCCCGCCGACCCGAGCGUCAGCACGACCCAGUCGAAGCCAGUCUCAGCGACCUGGGCACCCUCCGCGGAGAGCCCAGACCUUACUGUGGCUUCCUGGGCUGCUCCCGUUCCCCAGGUUGGAUCGGAGGGCAAGAUCAUUGCCCGCUUCUUCACUGCCCCCGGGCAAAAGCUCGUCCCUAGUGGCGUGGAUGCUCGUUUCGUCAUCCCCAACCAUCUCGCCUCUGGUCUUGGCAUUGAGACAACCUCUGCCGACGGUGAGGAGAAGGUCUUGUCGUUCAACAAUGUCAUUCGGACAACCGUCUCUGGCCGAUACGUCGGCGACGUCACUCUGAACCCGUAG